AUGGAACAGCUUCCUCUUCAAUCUUCCUUCGAUCCUUAUACGCAAAAUGCCACCAUUCUUGCUUCGGACGGAAUAACAAGCAUCGCAAUCCCAAUACCCGACAUAGAUUUCUACAACGACUCCAACCUUGCGACCAGUGCCAACUACGGAGCGCAGCUAGGAGCGACGGUUGUCAUGCUAUUUGUCGUCCUAUUCAUGACCCCGUCUGUCAAAUUGAGACGCCUGCUUACAAUCCUCCAUAUUUCCGGUCUGGUCAUUUCCAUCGUCAGGAUGAGUCUUUUGUACACCAGCAUGCAUGCUCAUGCCAACCGAUUUUAUGAGACUUGGGCCCAAGAUUAUCGAAACAUCCCAGCCUCUGAUACUCGUAUUGCGGUCGUUGCAACCACGUUUUCUAUGGUACAGGUUGCGGUAACAGAAGCUGCUCUUAUGAGCCAAGCGUGGACCAUGGUCACCUUCUGGCCUCCUUCAGUCAAGUACACUGUCUCGGUCACUUCAGUCAUCGUGACUCUUCUUACUUUAGGUAGCCGUUUUGCUCUCGUUGUUAUUCAAAAUCGAGCAAUCAUCACCCUGAUCCCCCCCGUAUACUUCUCGUGGGGCUUCAACUGGGCCAUUAUCAUGAACACCGCUUCUAUCUUCUGGUUCUGCGCCAUAUUCAACGCGAAGCUUCUCUUCCACAUGAUUUCAAAUCGAGGCAUUCUGCCCAAUCGCUCAACAGUUACUCCAAUGGAGGUUCUCAUCAUGGCCAACGGUGUUCUCAUGCUUAUACCAUCCGUCUUCGCUGGUUUGGAAUGGUCCAAAGGUAUAGAUUUUGAGGUGGGGUCUCUUACCGUUACAUCAGUUGUCAUCAUUCUUCCACUUGGUUCUCUUGCAGCCCAACGCAUUUCGGCUUCUUCUAUGCUGGAUGGAAGUGCCAACAGUGGCUCAAAUUACCAAACUCCUUCUGAUGUGUCUUUAACCUUCGUCAAACGUCCAUUUGCUUCACACUCAAACUAG